AUGACUGUCCAGAUUCCUGGCACCAUCAUCGAUACGACCGAACCCGGUCCUUACGUCUGGAACUCCAAAGAGGAGUCCGAUACGCCACAUCGCAUCAAAGUCAAUGAGUCACGACUCGUAGACAACAUGGUUCCCUUGAGCAAAGUCAUGAUGGGCAUCACUGGAAAGAGCGUGGCUAGAAGCUAUGCUGCAGCUCUGGACAUGUUGAUUCCUGAAGAUGCUCCGAUUGAAACAGAUAAAUCCACAGCUACCAAGACUGCAGCUGCCGAUCGUUACGUUGCAGCAAUGAGAUACCUGACUUCAACAGCGCCUAACUCCAGCAAGUCUGUAAUUGACGUCUACGUUGAGAAGCAGCAAGCCUACUCCGAGGCGAUGAACAAGUGGGAAGCGGCAAAGACCAAGGCCCGAUCUGACGCAAAGGAACGGUUCCCGGGUAAUGUCAAGGAGCAGCAGAGGUUCUAUGAUGACUGGAACCAGGAGAGCUUCCGCAACUUCAAGAACAAUGCUCAGGCCAAGUAUAUGGACUGGAUUGUCAACGGUAGCAAGUACAAGGUCGACUACUACUUUGGCAUUGUUGAUGUCUCAUCCGCAAUGAAGAGGGUAGAAUCGAGCAAGGAAGCUGCUCGCAACCUUGUCGUGAUCGAUCCUGACGGUUCAACGGAAUGGCAGGAAGUACAUCUUACCCCGCUUAACUGGGCAUCUCUGUGCAAGGAGAAAGUUGAUCAAUGGGGAGAGCAGAACAACAAGUUGAGCCGCAAGGACUUUGAGUCUGAGAUCAAGCGUCUGAACCGUCUACUGCUGUCUUAUACUGGCCUCAAGAACUCGAUUGACCCAGAUGGCUCGACUGGGAGGGCUAUCGAGGCAGCUAAAGCCAAGGCAGCCACCAAUGGAACGACCGGAGAUAACCCUGGCGAAAACAACCAAACUGUUACCGAGACUCCCACAACGGUCACACAGCGCGUCGUCGAUCCAGAAGGGAAGUUGGCUACGGCCUAUAAGGAUCUUUAUGACGAACAGAACAAUACACCACCUGACCGAAAGAAAAUUCAAGAGAAGCAAAAUGCUCUGCAAGCGGCCCUUGACGCGAAUGGCAAGGCCAACAUGGAAAACAACAAGCAAAUUGCCUCUGAUCUUUCCAAAGGAAGCAAGAAGGAAAAACUUCUUUGGAUCAACAGUAUGAUCGCCGAUGUUGAGAGCCAGGUCAAGUUGCUCGAGAAAGGGCUCGAGGACUUUUUCAAGGCUAGCACCUCGUCCCCUGCUAUCAUAGAUGUCAUCAAGAGAGACGUCAAGGACCCUGGACAAGAGGAAAAGGGAGAACUUGUAUCGACUCAAUAUGCGGAAGCUGACGGACAGCAUGUCGAUGAUGGGACUAUUAUGUAUAGUUUUCUAACCUUGCUACAGAUCACUCUGAGCGUCUCAUCAUCGUCUCAGUCAAGCUCCACCGAGACAUUUUCCUCUUCUACGUCAGCCAGUGCUAGCGCAUCUGGAUGGUGGUGGAGUGCUUCAGCUAGCGUUAACCACUCGGAGGCAUCUAUGAAAGCGUCUCAGGCAACUUCCAACUGCGCCGUGGAUAUCAAAUUCGAGGCUCUCUUAGUUACCAUUGACCGAGCCUGGCUGCAUGGCGAGUUGUUCUCCGAUCCCGAGCUCAACACUGGUGACGACGUGAAGCUUUCGCCUGGCGCUCUUGACCUUCACAAGCUGAUUGAUCAGAAGAACGACAAGGCAUUGGCCAACUAUCCCUACUUCCCAUCAUACCCUACCGCGUUCAUUGUAGCAUCCAAUGUGGAGCUCGAAUUCCGUGGUGACACGUCGUCGCUCGAAGAGGCAGUCGAGUCUUCUCACACUGAUGCCCAGGUCAAGGUCGGGUAUGGACCUUUUAGUCUGAGUGGUAGUCAUAGUCAGGAUAAGUCGAGUGCCAAGACGAAGAUGGAGACUACAGCGACUGGCACAAGGAUUACUUUGGAGGCUCCAGCCAUUAUCGGUUGGGUCAGUCAGCUUGUACCCCAGCUGCCACGUCCCAAGGGAGGGAGUUCGUUGCUUGGCCCUAUGUUCUAA